AACAUAUCUUCUAAUGUUUUGGAAGAGUCAGCAGUUUCUGAUGAUGUUGUAUCACCAGAUGAAGAAGGUAUCUGUUCUGGAAAGUAUUUUACAGAAGCUGGUCUGGUGGGAUUGCUGGAACAGGCUGCAGCAUCUUUCUCCAUGGCUGGCAUGUAUGAAGCAGUUAAUGAGGUUUACAAAGUCCUUAUUCCUAUUCAUGAAGCUAAUAGAGAUGCCAAGAAGCUAUCUACUAUUCAUGGUAAACUCCAAGAAGCCUUCAGCAAGAUUGUUCACCAGAGUACUGGCUGGGAGAGGAUGUUUGGCACCUACUUCCGGGUUGGUUUUUAUGGAACUAAAUUUGGAGACCUGGAUGAGCAAGAGUUUGUUUACAAGGAGCCUGCGAUAACAAAGUUAGCUGAAAUUUCCCAUAGGCUUGAGGGAUUUUACGGAGAACGGUUUGGUGAAGAUGUGCUUGAAGUGAUUAAGGACUCAAACCCUGUGGACAAAUGUAAACUAGAUCCUAACAAGGCCUACAUUCAGAUAACCUACGUGGAGCCAUACUUUGACACGUAUGAGAUGAAGGACAGGAUAACUUACUUUGACAAAAACUACAACUUGCGGCGUUUCAUGUACUGCACGCCCUUCACGCUGGAUGGCCGAGCUCAUGGGGAGCUGCAUGAGCAGUUCAAGCGCAAAACAAUUCUGACAACAUCCCACGCUUUCCCUUACAUUAAAACCAGGAUAAAUGUCAUCCACAAAGAGGAGAUCAUUUUGACGCCCAUUGAAGUUGCCAUAGAGGACAUGCAGAAGAAAACACAGGAAUUAGCUUUUGCAACCCAUCAAGACCCUGCGGACCCAAAGAUGCUGCAGAUGGUGCUACAAGGAUCAGUAGGUACCACAGUAAAUCAGGGACCAUUAGAAGUUGCACAAGUUUUCUUGUCUGAAAUACCCAAUGAUCCAAAGCUCUUCAGACAUCAUAACAAACUACGGCUCUGUUUCAAAGACUUCACAAAAAGAUGCGAAGAUGCUCUGCGCAAGAACAAGAGCCUGAUCGGUCCAGACCAAAAGGAGUAUCAGCGAGAACUUGAAAGGAAUUAUCACCGGUUAAAGGAAGCUCUCCAACCUUUGAUAAAUAGAAAGAUCCCACAGUUGUAUAAGGCAGUGCUGCCAGUCACUUGCCACAGGUGGAUAUUUGAUUUUACUCUUUCAGCAGAGAUAAGGAGGGUGUAA